AUGUAUAACCCACUAGGUUUGGUGAAAAAAGUGAUUGAACAGUUAGGAAGAUUCCAUCGUCCGACAACUCAGGAUGGAAAAGAAGUGUGGACAAACGAUAUACAACGUCAAGUUGUACCAUUUGAUCAUAAAACGACUAUAGCUGAAUUUUGUUAUGCUGAUAGAAGUGUGAUUCAAAAAGCCAUUGAUAGUGCAUUAAAAAAUAGAAUCAAAUGGAAUAUGUUACCGGUUGAACAGCGUGCAAAUAUCUUUCUAAAAGUAUAG